AUGGUGGGUUUGACAGAUGUGGGUAGUGUUGUCACUUCAAUUAGUGAUGGAUUAGAGCAAGAGGUCAGUAGUGUUAGAGAAAAUGAGAACUUGGGUGUUGACCUUUUGGAGGGUUUGGAUUCCUAUUUGGAAGAUAUUAAUGACUGGUUGACUAUUUCGAGGAUGGUGAAAGCUGUUGAACGAGUGGCGGAGGAGAAAAUUGCUGCCAAAGAAUUGGAGGUGGCCAGUCUGAAGGAGAGAUUGCAUUUUCACAAAUUGGGUGCUGAUAGAAGUGUGUCAUCAGGGUCUCCAAUGGCACACCGAGAGCAAAGAAGUUUGGAAAAUAGGUUGGAUUGUAGCUUUCCUGAUGCUGUAGUGGAGCAUGAUAAGAUGAGGGAAUCUUUAUGCGGCCUAAGAAGUGUGGCCGUGGACCAGAUUAAGAAGCUCAGGAAAGAUAUUGAUAGCAUAAGAGGGUGUGGUUCAAUGAGAAAGAUUGGUUCUGGUUCAGAAUUGGUGGGAUUGGGUGGAAUUCUUCCAAUGGAGGCAUCUGAAAGCUUGGUGGGUGUAGAUAAAAGACUCAAUACUCUGAAAACUACAGUGGAUACUGUCUGUACACAGGCGGAUGAUAUGGUUCGCUUGGCUAAGGCAUCACUUUGUGAGUGGCAGCAGGAGCAGGAGUUUCAGAGGGAGUUUGAAACAUUGGUGGUAUGGAGUUCAAUUAGGAGUAUCCACAAAGAGUUUGAAGAUAAAUUAUGGGAUCAAAAUGCUCAUCUUUGUGGCAGCCAAAGCGUGAACUGGCUUGAAAGGAUCAACGAGGUUUCAAAUUUAUGCAAGGAAUUAGAUGUGAUCUUGAAGUCACUAUCCAAUGCUGAAACUGGACAGUUAAUUUCUCAUGGGUCUCAUGACAUGGAUCAUUUUCACCGCAAAGCUUUGAGCAAUCGUGUUUUGCCAUCAACUUCAAUUUUGGAUGGAAAUGGUAAACUUGAAGAGUCUAAAAAUGAUAUGCCUGAGAACUGGGAUGCUGCCCAAUUCAAGCAUAUGUCAAAGGGUGAAAUGGUGAAUUAUUUUAAUACUAUGGUAACAAAGAUGAGGAGGAACCAUGAAUCUAAGGAGAAGGGAUCUUCUUUGCCACUUCGGAAGGAUAAAGAUUUGGACAUGUUGAGGAAGAAGAUCCCGGAGGUCAUUUUGAAAUUGGAUGACAUCCUUGUGGAAAAUGAGAAAAUUGCUACAUUGAGCAACAAUGUCGAGUCUCUUGGCAACUUAAAUGAUAGGCUCAACAGCCUUCUUUCAGAAAAUCGCCAACUCAGGGAGUCGCUUGCAGAUAAACGAAAGGAAGUGAAGUGUCUGUCAUCACAAGUUUCUGAUGCUUCUGACCAGAUGUCACACGAUGCUUUGGCAGAAGCAAAUUUGCUAAAAUUGAUAAGUAAUCUUAAAUCUGCUGCCGAAGACGGAGAGAUAGAAGCUUUGGUCUCUGAGGAGGUAUAUAAAUGUGUUCUGAGGGAGGUAACUGCCCUGAUCAACUGUGACACUGAAGAGUUAGCGUUGCAAUCUAUUGCCAUGCAAGAAGUCUAUGAAAUCAUUUAUAGAGAAGCUUCUCAAGAUGCUGAAGCUACCAGCAAGUGUGAAAUUGGAGAUUCAGAUAUUGAAUCCUUGGUCAUGCAAGGGCUGUGUGGCGUUUUUUUCAAGGAAGCUAUUAAGGAUGCCGCCCAGUCACAAAUCAAUGACUUGAACCGAAAGUAUUUGCAUCAAAAUGAAAUCCUAGUUUCCCUUGAACUGAAAGCACUGAAAAAUGAAGAGGAAUCAAGAUUGAUGAUUGAAGAGAAGGAUGGAUUAAAGCAGGAAGUCCUUUCACUUGAAGCAUCGCUGAAAGAAAAGGACAAGUUAGCACUUGAACUAUCAGCUGCAUUGGAUGAAGAAAGGGUUCGAUCUGAGCUAGCUUCUCAGGAGAGCAACAAUUUAAAAGACCAGACAAUUUUGCUGCAAACAUUAGUUUCUGAGAGAAGCAAGGAAUUAGAUUUAACAAAGGGUGAGUUGGAAGAGGUGCUGGAGCAAAUUGAUGUUGAUGAGGCGGAAAUGAACAAAUUGAAUCAGAAGCUUGAACUAAAGACAAAUGAUUUCAGGGAAGCUGAUAAACAGAGAAAUUGGCUUAUGGCUGUUAUCCAGGAAGAAAGGGUUCGAUUUGAGCUAGCUUCUCAGGAGAGCAACAAUUUAAAGGACCAGGCAAGUUUGCUGCAAACAUUAGUUUCUGAGAGAAGCAAGGAAUUAGAUUUAACAAAGGGUGAGUUGGAACAGGUGCUGGAGCAAAUUGAUGUUGAUAAGGCGGAAAUGAACAAAUUGAAUCAGAAGCUUGAACUAAAGACAAAUGAGUUAAGGGAAGCUGAUGAACAGAGAAAUCAGCUUAUGGCUGUUAUCCAGGAGAUGCAAAAUGCUAUAUUAUUGCUUGGAGCGAAAGAAAAUGAACAGAGUAAGCAAAUGCAAGCAGUAAUCGUUCUUGUCCAUGGACUUUCAAAAGCAUUUUCUGAUUUUGAACGUCGAGCAGGUGAGGGUAUCAAAAAGAAUAAUUUGAGGUUGGAAGAAUCAAGUUCUCAGUUGAGUUCUCUUAUCCAGAAAACCAAUAGCCUUAAAAGAACAGAGGUGCUGUACAAAAAGAAAUGUGCUGACCUUCAAUUGGCUGAAUCUGAGAUGAAUCAUCAACAAAAUGGUGCAUAUUACACCAACCUGAUGAGUGAAGCGGCUGACUAUGAAUUUGUGGAUGAACCUCUUCACCAAGGGGAUCCAGCUUCCCCAAUCUCUCCUCAAAUAGAAACCACCGAGAAAUCACAACGAGGUAGGAACUUCACUACAGAAGAAGACAGCAUGAUCAUAUCGGCUUGGCUUAACAUUAGCUUAGAUCCAGUGCAAGGGAAUGAACAACAUUCAAAGGCAUAUUGGUUAAGAGUGGGAAUAUUUCCACCAGCUCAAAACAUUUUCAUCUAG